CGACACCGGCCGCCGCCGCCGCCGUCGCUACCGCCGCCGCUUGAUCGCGCUUCCUAUCCCCUGACCGCGGUAAUAGUAAUUGUUGCCGUUCCACCAGCGAAAGCCGGCCUUCACGGUUCUCGAACGUAACCACCUGCGUGCUUUACCGUUACAGUAAAUACUUUAUUGUUAGUUCGUCGCGCGGCCGCGACACGUCCCGUUCUUUCGUGUCGUACCCCCGUCAGCCCGAGUCGCUUCUCAAACACACCGUCCAAGUGCACACUUCUUGCAGUCUUACACCGUCGGACACCUAUUCGCGCACCGAACGAACGCCGUCGUUAUGGACAAAGUCGUUACCUGCAUGGCUCCCGUCAACAUCGCCACCAUUAAGUACUGGGGUAAACGGGAUGAACAUUUGAUAUUGCCACUCAACGAUUCCGUCAGUUUGACACUGGAUUGUGACCAGAUGCACAGCCAGACGUCUGUGGUUGCAGGACCGUUUGUCAAAAAAGACACUGUUAUGCUUAACGGACAUGUUAUGCCCAUUGAGACAAAUGAACGGUUGCAAAGAUGCUUUAGUCUAAUAAGAAAAUUAAUCAAAGAAAAAAAAGGCGAAAAUUGUCCAGAAGCACAAUGGAAUAUAAGAGUAUGUUCUGAAAAUAAUUUCCCCACGGCAGCGGGACUUGCUUCAUCAGCAGCUGGUUAUGCAUGUCUUGUAUAUACUUUGGCCAAUGCUUUUGACUUGGUAACUGAAGAUUUACCAGCUAUUGCCAGACAAGGUAGCGGAAGUGCAUGUAGAAGUAUUUAUGGUGGAUUUGUUCAUUGGAAGGCAGGUAAAGAUGAUUUGGGCUCUGAUUCAACUGCAGUUCAAAUUGCUACUGAAGCUCAUUGGCCAGAAAUGAGAAUCAUUAUACUUGUGGUGAAUGAUUCUCAUAAAAAAACGAGCAGUACUGUGGGAAUGAAAAAAUCUGUAGAGACUAGUGAAUUACUUCAAUACAGAGUUAAUAAGUGCGUACCCGAAAGAACAAAAGAUAUCAUUGAAGCUAUAAUUAAUAAAAAUUUUGUAAAAUUUGCUGAAAUUACAAUGCGGGAUAGUAAUCAAUUCCAUGCCAUUUGUUUAGACACUUAUCCUCCUUGUGUUUAUUUGAAUGGAGUAUCGCAUGAAAUUAUAACAUUUAUCCAUGAUUACAACGACGCUGCUGGUCAUGUUAAAGUUUCUUACACUUUUGAUGCUGGUCCAAAUGCAUUUUUGUUUAUCCUAGAAAAAGACCUGGAUCUUUUUAUGUCAGAAUUGAUUCAAGUUUUUCCAUCUGAUAAAUCAAAAUCUAAGUAUAUUCGAGGAAUUAAAUCAACUAAUCCUGAUCAGGUGGCUCCAUAUGGAUUUGAACCUAAAGAAAAAGAUCUUUUAAAAUACAUUUUAGUGACUAAAUUAGGCAGUGGACCAAAGUGUAUUGAUAACCAUUUAAUUGACAUUGAUAGUAUCAAGAAUUCAGAUUGAAUUAAUUAAAUUUUAUAAGGAAAUUUGUAAUAUUGAUUAUUGAUUAAUUAGAUUUUUUUUUUUUAGAAUUGAUUAUAGCUUACUUAUUUUACAGCUUGUA